AUGGGGCAGGCGCGCUUUUCCGGCCAACUGCAGCUCGCGCUCCUCCUGGCGUUCUCCUUACUCGUCCUCUUCGAAACCGCCAGCUUUCGCACGCCGGUCUGCCUGGUUGCCAAGUGCGACGUGUCAGAUACCAGCCUCGACCAGGACUCCCCAGAAAAUGUAGUAGGCAACGAGAACAGCAUCAGCGUGUUGACUAGCGAUGGGCAUCUUUCUGAAGGGUGGUUUGCGGACCUGCAAGAUCUGCGGGGGGUUGCGCGGAAGCCUACGGAACUUGGGGGGUGGGCAGAGGCACAUGCUGGAACUGGGAAUCAGAGCAGUAUUGGAUCAGGGUUCAAAAUCUCGGACGGUGCCCGGUUAUGGCUCAAGAGCAGCGUCGCAUUUGCAACUCCUCGUGCAAUCGAAAUCGAGACACUUGGAAACCAGGCAGGGAGUCUGGAGCUGACACUACUCACGCUCGAUGGGGGCCACGAGCACUCUGUCCAGGUGAAUGCGUCAAACGGUACUGUUGAGGAAGCUGGGUCAGCGGUUUUUGUGGUGGAUCUUAGUGGGGCGCAGUUUCUACUCUGGCAGUCGAUUGAGGUAGGGAGCACUAGGACCGGCCCGCUUUACCUGAGGAGUGUCCAGAUUGACUACCCCAGCUCCAGCGAGCUGCUACAAGAGCAGGUGGAGCGGAUCAGAGCCGCGUCACCCGUUCUUCCCUCGACUCGGACGGCAGAACCCCAGGGCCCCUCGGUUCUCGUUUCCCUCUCGUCACUUGCGGAAGAGAGCCACUUACAAAGGCGACUGGUACCGCUGAUCUCGGUCCUCGCCGGAGAAGUGGAUCUUCUCGUCUUUGUGGGGAACAACACCGGAGAAGCGGAGGCGGAGGCGCUCGCUCAGAAGUAUGGAGGCCUCCCGUUGAAGUGGAGGAAUGUGAGUGACGCGUACCCCCCCCGGCUGAAGGAGUUCGACAGCUGGCAGUAUGUCUACGAGCACCACGUGGCCGACUAUGACUGCGAUGGGCAGAUCCUGCCGUAUUGCAUGGGCGGCCCGGGUUACCUGCUGAACCGCCCGGCGCUGACGCGGCUAGGUCCGCAGUUCGACACGUGUCUCCGAGAGUGGUCCAGCGAGCUGUCGGACACCGAGUUUGGCCGGUGCGUACAUAAGCACCUCGGCGUAUCAUGCGCACUCGGAAAUAGCACGACGCAGGAGCUGCGCGGUCAUUUCAGACACCUGUAUGAUAAACCCUUUGCGCGCGCGGCGAAUCUGCAGCACUUUGCGCUGCUAUCGAAAGCCGUUUCGCUGCACUCGAUAAAGUUGGACGACGGGGCGACAAUGGCGAACCAUAUGGAGGUCGUGAAGCGACUUGCAGAAAACGUGCUCUAA